CCAAGUAGAAGUAAAAUUUCAUUUCCUCCUAUUCCAACCAAAAUUCGGUUCGCAGAGAAUUCGCGUUAACUGCUGUUUGUGACGCAUUUGAGCGUCUCAUUUUGUAAAUAAUUUCAGCCCAGUAUACGAUAUUGAACUGAAUAAAGUUACCAAGUUGAAAUUUUUCAAGCCUAAAAUUUACAUUUUUUACGGCUGGGGAAAGAGGCGCCUUAAAAUUGUAUUUUUGACAGUCCCACAACAGUUCGAAAAAAUUCUUUCUUAAUUACACUCACUACAAAAACUGUUUAUGAGUUCAGUUAUUACUUUUCACGUGGUUUUUUGUAACUUUUAUACUAGCAUUUUCGUCAAUUGCCCGUACUUGACAUCAUCUGUUUCUUCAACGUUUAGCCGCUAUUUUUUCAACACACGUUGCUAGCAUUCAAAUUUUUUUUACCAGAACCAUGUCCAAAAUGCAAAUGCAGUGAAUUUAAGCUUCAAAAGACCAAUCUAAAUGAGCCUUUUCAAUACGUUAAGGUCCAUUUAAAACAGUUCGAAAAAAAACAGGAAAAAUGGAAAUACAAAUUUUAGAGUCGGAAUAUUAAUAUAUUUUUUCUCCUUUUCUCUAGUUUGAAUGACAGAUUGAACAACAAUUGGGAUUCAAACUUAUUAUCCUCAGGCCGUUAAUUAAUAUUACCUUUUUAUUGAAAUUUGUUGGCCAAAUUAUUUGACGUCUAAUUUGCUAUGCCGUCUGAAAAUGACGUUCAGGAUGACCAGGAAAACGAGGAAAAAGGUUCUUCUAAAUCAAUUGAUCGUGAAGGUCGCGAAACGUGGAAAGGCAGCUUUGAUUUCCUCAUGACCCUUAUAGGAUUCAGCGUCGGAAUUGGAAACCUUUGGCGCUUCCCAUACCUUUGUUACAAGAACGGUGGCGGAGUGUUUCUAAUUCCAUAUUUCAUCACCCUCUUCGGAGCAGGGGUUCCUCUAAUCUUCCUCGAAGUUUCACUUGGCCAGUUUAUGUCCAAGAGUGGAACGUCGGCUUGGAACCUCUUCCCGUUGGCCAAGGGUCUAGGAGUCUCCACAUUGAUAAUAGUGAGUAACCUUAGUCUCUAUUACAUUGUGGUCAUUGCAUGGACUAUUUAUUACCUCUAUUCUACCUUCACUUUCGGUGAACUUCCAUGGACCAAAUGCCCUCUAGACUCCAAUGAAACAAACUGCCGAGACUCUCAGUCGCUUGCUAACCAAUCAGAUUCUGGCAAUUUCAGAACUUACCAAGAACCAGCUGAAUUUUUCUGGACCAAUAACGUACUGCGAAUAUCGGACAGCAUGGAACUCGGGGGGUCCAUUCAUCCUCAUAUGGUUAUCUGCCUGGCCAUCUCGUGGGUCAUAGUAUACUUGUGUAUUUUUCGUGGCGCUCAAUGGACUGGAAAAAUUGUCUGGUUUACAGGCCUGUUUCCAUACUUCAUGCUUAUAAUUUUAUUCAUUCGAGGAAUUACUUUAAAUGGCGCGAUGGGUGGAAUCAUUUACUACCUCAGUCCUGAUCUCUCAAAACUCAAAGAAGGCGGGGUUUGGCUUGACGCCGGAACUCAGAUCCUCUUCUCAAUGUCUCUAGCUAAUGGAACCAUGCCGACGUUGGGGAGUUACAACAAAUUCAAACACAACUGUUUGAAAGACGCCCUUCUUUUUUCUCUCAUUAACUGUCUGACAAGCCUCUUCGGAGGAAUAUGUAUUUUUUCUGUUCUCGGUUACAUGGCCUAUGAACAAAACAUCCCAAUUUCUGAAGUCGCAGAAAAGGGACCUGGACUGACCUUCAUUGCGUAUCCGAAAGCGCUAUCUUUGAUGCCUUUCGGAGCCAAGAUAUUCACCGGUUCUUUCUUUCUCAUGAUUCUGUUCCUCGGCUUAGACAGUCAGUUUGUAGGCGUGGAAGGACUUGUUUCUCAAUUGAUGGACGCUUUCCCUAACAAAUACUUCCGACACAAACACGCCAGGACAAUUCUUAUCACGCUCAUUUGUCUUCUAUUCUACGUCAUCGGGCUUAUUUUUGCAACCACUAGUGGAAUGUAUUACUUCCAGAUAAUGGACUUUUAUUCGGCCAGCGGAUUUGUCUUGAUUUUUGUCGGCCUAGGCGAGUCUCUUACCAUCGCUUACUGCUACGGAGGCAAGCGGUUUGUCAAAGACCUUGAAGCUAUGAUGUCGAUUCAAAUUCCGAAAUACUUUCUUUACUGCUGGUACUUCUUUACACCUCUGACAUGUAUCUUUAUCGGCGUCAUGUACUGGGUCCAGUUCGAACCUUUGGCGUACAAUAACUACGAGUAUCCUGUUUGGAGUUCGAUUCUAGGCUGGACUAUUGUCGUUUUUACAGUCGGCGCGAUUCCUCUCGUGGCGCUAGUACAAAUGUGCCGACAUCGUAACAACAUUGCCGACGUGAAACGAGCAGUGCUUCGUGAGCACCAGAUACACUCGGGGUCCGAGCAACCCUAUGAGGUCAUUGAGCGAGAAGCUGCUUUAUUUUCGGGGAGUUUCGCGGCUAUAGAGCUAAACAGUCCGGGUGAACAUGAAAAUGAAAAUAAUCCCUUUUCACAAGCAGUAUAAAACAGGAUACUAUGCCUGACAAAAUAAAAUUAUUGUUUUAAAUUGAAUCUAAUAAAUUGUUAUCUGAUUUUGUAUCCGUGCUUCAGUAAAUGUCUAAGCAGUAAAUUGAAUUUGUUUGUGUAACUGUCACUUUAAACAUAAAAACGACACUUUACUUUGAAAAAUUGCUGUUAAAUUCCAGUUAACUGUAUUUUCUAAACCGGUCAUAAAUUCAACAAUGAAAUUCAUCUAACAACGGCGAUAGCACGAAAAUUGGGCUUCCAUUUAGUCGGAAAACUGGUUCCUUUUAGGGACUUACUCAUGUUGGUUGAUUACUUCUUUUAAUUAGGAAAGUUAAAAUCAAACAAGAAAUAUCAAUCUUAUUACCCAGUGUUGUUGCUGUAGUUGCCAGUAGUAUUAAAUUUGUCAUAAUCGACAACAGUUAUCUUCGAAA